AGACAUUUCACAAACUGACAGAGCAGCUUAUCACAAAUAUGCUGCAUCUGUAGCUUGAUUUCAGUUUGAGUAUGAUUGCUGUAAGAACACAGUCUGUAAAAUGAUGGGAUGAGCUUCCUUUAUGCUUAUUAUGACGAUUAUUCCUACAAAGCCAUAUUGAAGGAGGCAGGUGUAUUACUUGCAAGCAGUUGACUUGUGUCAGUCUACUCAAGUCUAAAUAACAAUAAAUAAAAGUAAAAUACUUUUUUGUUCAGGCUAUCACUUUACACCCUGAGCUUUAUUGGUCUGAAUCCUGACACGUUUGGGUCUUUUUACAUUGAUUUGUUCCCCUCUGGGAUUCCACCUGGAAUUUGGGGCAGCACAAAGAUAGGUAAGUUAGGUUAAUUGGUAACUGAAUUGGUGGUAUGUGGUAAUGUGUCUCUUUGCGUAUGUAAUCAAAAGGGCAGUGCGGUUGUCUGAAGUGUACCACACCUCAUCAAAUGUUAUGUCAGGAGAUGAUUCAUGAUGUGUGUUUUUCCAGAGGCAGAGUUCGCUGUCAGAUUGGUUUGAUCAGAUAAAUAAAAAAGUUGGACUUUUAUUUCAUGUUCCCUAGAGUUGAACACCAGGACUUGCAACAUGUGUCUAAUUUGGACAUAUCUGAUAUCUGUGCAGAAACUUACUGGCUGCUACUUCAGGUUGUUAUGUAAUGUUAUUACACUGCUGUUGUUUUUGUUUACAGGUCCAACGAUCAGGCUUUUCCUGGCUUAUACCGAUUUACACUUUCCUUUGAUGCCUGAACUGCCAAAUUUAAGGUUGACCAAUUUGGAUUUUUGAUUCUAAGGACUCUACAACAAAUAAAAGAGAAAAUGUGAUGUAGGUUCUUUGAAAGAAGUAGUACCUUUUUAAAACAACAAAAAUAUCAAGAAUUUACAAGAUUAUACCCAGCCAUGCAUUAAAGCACGUGUCCCUAACCUUGUAGUUUAUAUUUAUGGACUAAAAUGGUGGGAGCUCUUAGGUUUUAAUGCAUUUUAUGAAAAGGAAAAAUAAAUCAGAAAAAAAAAUCACAGAUCACAGCCUAUAAAGGGGAAAUUAUCUGAUUCUGAUUUAUACCCAACUGUAUUGUUGUAUUUUAUUUUUGAUUAAUAUCAUCUAGUUUUGAGGAUUCCUAAAUUACUAUAUAGUUGUUUACCUUGGAUUUAGCCUAACUAAUCAUUGAAUAUGUUUUUCGGAUUUACUUUGGUCAGUUUUCAACAUAUUUCAUAUUAAGGACAAAAGUGACAUAAUCACAAGUCCCAACUAAUUGUAAAGAAUGCAAACCUUUUUUGAAAAUGUUACUAAAUGCAUUCUAAUAGCAACAAAAUCGCAACAGGAAACAAACUGGUAGCACUUCCUAGCUUAAAUCCUUCAAAUUACAACUGUUGUUGUUGUCGUGCUUGUUGCUAAGCAACUGGUUUAACCAGCUACAGAAAACAUAGUCUAAAUCUAUCAUCUAUAUAUCUUCAGGAAAAAAAAAUCAAUAUUGACUAAAAUGUCUCCAGCUAAAAUAACGUUUGUUGUCAACAGGCCACAAUUGAUGAGAAUUGUGUCAACUGGAGACCAAAACAAAGACGGAUGUUUGGACUUCAAUGAGUUUACCAAAUAUCUGAAGGAGCAUGAGAUGAAGCUGUUGCUGACAUUCAAGAGUCUGGACAGAAACAACGACGGGCACAUUGAUGCCACAGAGAUCCAGCAGGCCCUUGCCGACCUGGGCAUGAAUGUCAGCAGGGAGGGUGCCCUGAAAAUUUUACAAAGCAUGGACAUCGAUGGGACCAUGAUGGUCGACUGGAACGAGUUCAGAGAGCACUUCCUGCUGUACCCUGCCUUCAACCUGGAAGAGAUCAUCCGCUACUGGAAGCACUCCUCGAUCCUGGACAUUGGUGACAGUCUGUCCAUCCCGGAUGAGUUCACAGAGGAAGAGAAGCGGUCAGAUGAGUGGUGGAAGCAGCUUGUUGCAGGUGCCGCGGCAGGCGCCGUCUCUCGCACCGGUACAGCCCCUCUGGACAGACUCAAGGUCUUCAUGCAGGUUCAUUCUACCAAAACUAACAAGAUAAGCCUGAUUGGGGGCUUCAGACAGAUGAUUGUAGAAGGAGGUCUGACAUCCCUGUGGAGGGGAAACGGGAUCAAUGUUUUAAAGAUCGCACCUGAGACCGCAAUCAAAUUCAUGGCAUACGAACAAUAUAAGAAGUUAUUAACUUCAGAUGGAAAGAAGAUAGAGACUCAUAAGAGGUUCAUGGCAGGGUCGCUGGCUGGGGCCACAGCACAAACAACCAUCUACCCAAUGGAGGUUUUAAAGACUCGGUUGACCUUGAGGAAAACUGGCCAGUACGCAGGAAUGUUCGACUGUGCCAAGAAGAUCCUGAGGAAGGAGGGUGUAAUCGCUUUUUAUAAGGGCUACAUUCCAAACUUAAUUGGCAUUAUUCCCUAUGCAGGGAUAGACCUCGCUGUGUAUGAGACUCUGAAGAACACUUGGUUGUCGUAUCACGCCAAAGACUCGCCUAACCCUGGAGUGCUGGUGUUGCUGGGCUGCGGGACCAUCUCCAGUACCUGUGGCCAGCUCGCCAGCUAUCCUCUGGCACUCGUACGCACACGGAUGCAGGCGAAAGCGUCUCUGGAUGUGUCGGACCAGCCCUCCAUGAGUUCUCUGCUGAGGACGAUUGUAGCCAAAGAUGGUUUCUUUGGGCUCUACCGGGGCAUUUUGCCAAAUUUCAUGAAAGUCAUUCCCGCUGUCAGCAUCAGCUAUGUGGUUUACGAGUACAUGAAGACUGGCUUAGGGAUCUCAAAAUAAUGAGGAAGAACACUUGGUGUUUUUUUCACUCAAAAACAAAAAAAAACUCCACACCAUACAGAGCAUGACUUAGUCAGUCCUUUGGAUGAAAAGCUGUAUGUAUGUUUUAAGAAUUGCUUGCCAGUAGUGUUUAAAUCAGUUGUGGUGCGCAUGCUUUAUUUUUAUUCUUAAGGUUGCACAUUUCACACUCCCUUACAUACAGUCCAUGAAACAAUGCUUGACAAAGGCAUUUCUGUAGAUAAAACAUACCUAGUUGAUUGUUUUAUUUAUGCCGCUCUAUUAGGUUGUGAUGAAACAAAAAUGAGACACAAUGCAAUGAUUUUUCUUUUUAUGUCUUAAGAGAAGAAAAUAAUCUGUCCAGGAAAAGUUGGAUCUCAUCCUAAGCUACGUUCGUUUCACGCUCAGAAACGUAACACUAAGUGUGUUUUAAAUGUGUACAUGUCCACACACUGGAGAUCUAAUUUCUUCACUUUUAAGUUUAAAAACACACUUCCCCUUCUAAGGAUAUCAGCCUCAGACAAGCUGGACUCCAACCAGCAGCUGCCAGCUUAACAGAACUAGGCCUCAAAAAUCCAUACUUAUUAACACUGGAACUGUUUGUGCAUAACGCCACACUUCUCGUGCAAUGUUAAAUCCUGCGUACUUCAUAGUUAUUUACAUGUGCCUUACAGCCUCUUGAUGCAAACCUCAGAGAUGGUGUUUUUAGCUAUAUAAACUGUAUUUAUGUACUGUAUAUCUAAAUGGUUUCAGGUAUGCUUAUUUAUUGGACUGAUUGACAAAAACUGUUAAUAGACUGAAACACCUGUAAAGAUCAAACUGUCUCGUGUCUCUUGUUUUUAAUCCGAAAAACUGUAAGCAUGCACAGCAUGGGUGGCUUUUUAUUUUGUAAAGCUGAAAGAUGAUUUUGUUUAAGCAAACGUGACAGUAUUAUCUCUUUGUGGUUUCAGGGCUUAGAGUACAUAAUCUGUUACUAGUUUUAGGGUCAAUCAAAAAGAUUUUCUAUCCAAAUGUAAGACUGGGGUUUUUACUAGAAUACUGUAUUGUAAAGUUGGCAAACCAAAAUAAGAGUUUAGGUGGAUUUAUGUUAGCUAUUGUUAAACUGAAAGAAAGACAGGUUGUGAAGACUGUUGACAGAGAGAUGGCUGAACCAAGAGUAAGAAAUGAUUGACAGAUUUGAACGUUUGAAGACACCGCUGUUUGGCCUCUCAUUUUAUGAAUAGAUUUUUAUCAAAUAAAAAUAUUUAACAGUUUACAGUGCAUUCUGUCACCUGCAAUUGAUUUUUAUUUUAUACAUUUUUCAUACAUUUGAAUGUGUCGAAAAUGUGUUUACUAUUUUUUUGUAACAUAAAACUACUCAUAAAUAUAACUUUAUGGAAAUUCAGCUUAAAAGGGUUGAAGAAGAAAAUUAUGUUUUUUUUUUGGUUUUUUUUUUUUAUUCUGACGGUGUUUCAAAGGGCUGCUGUUUUCACUCCUGGGGCUUUUUCUUAAGUGACUGAUUCUAUGGUGGACUAAGUUGGAAUGAAACCAAAAUGUGAACAGAACAGCAUAUUUAUUUUUUGUCGGAUGUUAGAAUUGGUGAAAAGGGAGCUAGGUUUUUAUUGAACAUAUUGUAAAACAUUGAAGACAAAUUUUUCAACUUUGUAACAGAACAAUAUCAGUUGCAUAAAAGCUUUAUAUUGCAUGGAAACAUGUCAUUAAAGAGUCAAAUAAACAUGGUGGAGUUGAAAGUAAAA